AGUAUUGUUUAAUCAUUAUCUGUUGUGAUUUAACAGGCUUUGGCUAAGAUGAUGGAAGGAGAAAAUGAGGGAGCAAAAUGGGGGAAUUGGCUGGGUAUAUCCGCCUUCCAUUCGCAAUUGCCAUGUAUGAGGAUCCCUUGGAUUACGUUCGCAAGGGGGAGGCGAUCGCCAAGAGGAAAAAGAGCUCCUUGGAGGCAAUCUUCACGUUCUUGAGCGGUGAUCUGGUCACAAAACUCUUCGGCAUCAAGGCAGCAUCUGCCCCAUCUCACAGAGUGCUAACUCACACCACAUUGUCCUUCUCGAAUGUCGUCGGGCCCGUCGAAGAAAUCGAGUUCUACGGCCAUCCGAUGGUCUAUCUUGCUCCCAGUGUUUAUGGCCACCCACAUAGCCUUCCACUCCGGGUGAGGUUAGGGAUCGCGGCAAGGGUAUUGCCUCUAGCUAGUUGUGAGGAACUUCGCCAUUAG